CUGACCGAAACGGGCAAAAGUAGAAAGGAAAGUAAAAAAAGAAAAAGAAAAGGAAUAGUAAAAGAAAAGAAGACCGAAGCUCGCCAACAACUAAAAUGUUGCUGACAAAUCUCAAUCUCACCACAACCCUCUGUAGGGUUUCUCUUUAACCGCGACGCCCCAUCUCCCACCUCCCUUUUCUCUCAAUUUCCCACUAAAACCCUACCAUAACGCUUUUGCCUUUAGUUUUUGGUGAUUUGUUUUAUACUAUAGUCGAUAUAGUUGGUGGAAUAUCCUUAUUUACUUUUAUUAUCCCACAAUAUUCACUUGUUUUUGGGUGUUGAAUUUUUGGUUUUUAUGGCGCUUGAAGCUUCGAUUUUCAAUGCGCCGAGGUUCAUUUCCGGCCCGAAAUCGUUAUGUUUGGUGCCUUACUUCGAUCGGCAAACGAGAAUGCCGAUGAAGAUUUUGGAGAAAAAUAAGCUGCACCCAUUGCGAUUACCAUUGAAUUGCCUUGGUCCUUGUGGUUAUAGGAGCUAUUUCAGUGCUAGAUAUCAAGAAAAAAACUUGGUUUUAAGUAGUGCUGGUUCGAAAUUUGUAGGUGAAGAUAGUGAGAGUUCGUGUUGUAAAGAUGGGGUUUCAGUUGUGAAUUUAGACUUUUUCAGAAGGUUAGUGACCCGCGGGAUUGUUUUGGCGGCAAUGGUUUGUGUGGUUUUGGUGUUUGGGUGUAGGAGAGUCUUUGCGAUGGAAGGUGCGGUGAAUGCUGGUUAUGGUGUAAUUGGGCAGAACAUUUUGUUGUUGAGGAAUGCGUGGCCAAAGACUUUACAGGUUCUUCGGGUUUUGAAAGAGCAAGGUCUGGUUUUGGCAGCGCUUUUGGGUCUCUCAGCAUUCUUCUCAAUGGCAGAGACUUCGAUUACUACGCUUUGGCCAUGGAAGGUGCGUGAGUUGGCUGAAAAGGAGCCUGAGAACGGCGUCUUCAGAAAGCUUCGCAGUGAUGUCACCCGGUUCCUAACUACUAUACUUAUUGGCACAACAGUUGUCAAUAUCGGAGCUACUGCUUUAGUCACAAAAGCCGCAACAGCAAUAUUCGGUGAAGCUGGUGUUAGUGCAGCAACUGGAGUAAUGACCGUAGCCAUUUUGCUCCUCACAGAGAUCACUCCAAAAAGUAUAGCUGUUCAUAAUGCCACUGAGGUUGCUAGGUUUGUGGUCAGACCAGUGGCGUGGCUUUCCUUGGUAUUGUAUCCUGUGGGGAGAGUUGUUACAUAUUUAUCUAUGGGGAUGCUAAAAAUCCUUGGUUUAAAAGGAAGAAGCGAACCAUAUGUAACUGAAGAGGAGUUGAAACUGAUGUUGCGAGGGGCAGAGUUGAGUGGGGCAAUAGAGGAGGAAGAACAGGAUAUGAUUGAAAAUGUGUUGGAGAUUAAAGAUACCCAUGUUAGAGAGGUGAUGACGCCUCUUGUAGAUGUAGUUGCAAUUGAUGACAGUGCUACGCUUGUAGAUUUUCAUAAUUUGUGGGUGACCCAUCAAUAUUCAAGGGUGCCUGUUUUUGAGCAGCGUGUUGAUAAUAUAGUGGGAAUUGCAUAUGCCAUGGAUCUGUUGGAUUAUGUUCAGAAGGGUGAGCUGCUAGAAAGUACUACUGUUGGAGAUAUGGCUCACAAACCUGCAUACUUUGUGCCUGAUUCAAUGUCAGUCUGGAAUCUCCUUAGAGAGUUUCGCAUCAGGAAGGUUCACAUGGCUGUUGUGCUUAACGAAUAUGGUGGAACUGUGGGACUUGUAACCCUGGAAGACGUGGUUGAGGAGAUUGUUGGUGAAAUUUUUGACGAAAAUGAUUCAAAGGAAGAGAUUCAGAAGAAAACUGGCUACAUUGUAAUGCGAGCAGAGGGAAUAUUUGAUGUGGAUGCAAACACUUCUAUUGAUCAACUCUCUGAAGACUUAAAUAUCAAAAUGCCAGAGGGUCAUCAAUAUGAGACAGUGUCGGGUUUUAUAUGUGAGGCAUUUGGGUAUAUCCCGCGGACAGGUGAGAGUAUAAAAGUGGUCCUUGAAAAAGCAAAUCAAGAAGAGAAUGAUGAGUCCAAAUCUGACAACCAGGAUCAGAAGGAAAAGCAUCAAAUUUUUAAACUUGAGAUACUUGCAGGAAAUGCCAGGAAGGUCAGUGCUGUUCGAUUUGAACGGAUUAACAAUGGUGACACGAUGUUGGAGACCAAAGAGGUGACUCGGUUGUUUCCCAAAAUUGUGAAGAGGAAAUGGAGUGGUGAUGAGGAAUCGGAUGGUACAGAAUAUGAUGAGGACUCAUUCCCGAGGAGACAGGAGGAUGGCCUCUCUAAUGAAGAUAAAGAUGAUCAUGAUAGUCGCAGUAGACAAUAGUUACACUUCUGUUUGUAUUUCCCUUUCUUACAGAACCAUGGAAGAGGUAAAAGAUUGACAACAAAGUAAAAAAAAAAAGAGAUUGAGUAAUGAUCAAACAUUGUAAAUUUUUUUACAGAUGAAGAGAAGUGUCAACAUCUGAAUCAACAAAA